UUCAUGGCUACAUCAGUUCACUAGGAUCUGACGGUCAAAUUAACCCCUCGGGCCUCCGCUUUUCUUCAUCUUCCCUCUCAGAUUUCCUACAACCUCGACCUGCGUGCCCUCCUCCGCAAACUGCAGCUAUGCCGACGGCAGAUCGCCUUGCGGCUAGGGUUCUCGUAUAUUGCUUGCUUUUUCUCUGCUUGGCUGCGCUACUCGCGCAGGGGAGACGAUGCGAGUUUAGCGCUAUCUACAGCAACAAUCUUUACAAUUACAGCUUGGCGGCGCCCAGCCAGAAGUUUCCCCAUGGCGUCAUGAGCGAAGACGGGUUCUACAAGAUUUCAGUAAAUGAGACAAUCCUGUGGUAUCAGCUUUGCGAUCAGAUGAUAUUCAACCAUGAUCCACCAAGAUGUCUGAAUUGUCUGGAUUGUGGUGGCCCAUUGCGUUGCGGGAUGCAGUGCAGUGCACUUACUGCAAAAGACAUAGGAGGGUAUCCUGUGUGCACUACAAUAGGGCAAGCAUCAAAUCUUCAUAUUUCUUUGAUUGAAAAGAAUGAUCCACAAAAAGGCGUCAUUGUCAAGAUGAUUGCUAGUGGUUCCAAGCUGAAUUGCUCUCUUUCUGUCUCAGUUAUUUGCGAUUUAUAUGAAGUUCAAGUAUCAAACACAUUGACAAUUUUAGGGGACUGCGACUAUGCAACCGAACUUAGACAUCCAUCUGGUUGUGCAAAAAUCAUUUCUGCAAAUGAAACUGGAUGGGGGUGGUUUGGAACUUUAAUGAUUAUAAUCUUUUGCCUUCUGGGAGGCUAUGUUUUGGUGGGAACUAUCUAUAGAUACUUCUUCCUUGGAAUUCAUGGUGUACAGGCAAUUCCAAACCUGGAGUUCUGGCUCAGUAUACCUCAAAGAACCAGGAACUUGAUAGGCUCGUUGGUACGAAGGGUGCGAAGAUUCUCUGGGAGUUCAAGGGGUUCUUAUUCUCCUGUGCGAAAUGAUGGGGAUUUUUAUGCGUCAGCCAGCUACUGAUAAACCAUAAUAGAGCUUCCGCUUUUAAGUUGCUCUCUUGAUAAGACUGCUAUUCUUCAACAACAACUCAUGAUAAAUUUUUUACUUUGUGGCCUUGUGAAAUUAGCUUUUUUUUUUAAUUUGUUUUCCUCUUUUGCUUCCUAAAACAUUUUUUUCCUUUGUUCCGUGUUAAACUCUAUUCUCUGGUUUUAUCAUUUUACUACAUCGGACGCAAUGGAGAAAAAUGAUUCUUGUAGCCAACACCACGUAGUGGGAUUAAGGUUUUGUUGUUGUUAUUGUCGUCGUCGUCGUCGUUGUCUUUUUCUUCCCCGUGUGAAUUAUUGUAGGAAUACUAACCAUGGAAUGUUAUU